AUGACAUCCAAGAAAGAUAUGCGGAGGGUAGACCUCGCCAUCCCCUACGUCGACCCCCCGAAAGACAAGAAUGAUGCGGAUAUGACUGGUGCCAUGUCGAGCACAAUGCCAAUGGCAGCGAUGUUCACCCGAAACAGAAUGAUUGGAUGGGUCGCCUUCGUCUUCUCGCUUCAGUCCUGGCUGGGUGAGACUGUAGAACAGAAAAAGACCGCGACUACUCCAGCAUACAUGUCUGUUUUGAUGUCCUUGAUGGCAUUGGCCGUUACCUACCUUCCUAUCUUCCUUCCUCCCCAGCCGACACCAGGUGGUUCCGUCGCGACGCCUUCGCCUACUUCGUCCCCUUGA